AUUUUAAAAAAAAAAACAAAAAAGAAAAGCAAAUAAAUAAAUCAGAUUAUUAAUUAAAAAUAGCAAAUAUGAAAAUAAUUAAUUUUCUAUUUAAAAAAUUGAAUUUUAACUUAUGGAUAAGAACCUUAACUGAAAAAUAGAAUGGAGAAUUGCCCACAAAUUAGGACUAGAACUGAAGAACUCCGAAGACAAUGGUGUGGAGGUGGGCUGCCGUGCAACGGCGAGCUUUUCGAUGUUGACGGUUCUCCUGAGACUCACGACAGCAACCACGGCAGCGCCGAUGAUUAUAGCGAUUCCAAAUCUCGGGUACGCAUGGUGGCCGAUGAGUUUAUUUGAGCAUCUCUUUCGUUCUAAUUUCUUUCCUUCUUUCGAAAAUUGAUUAAUCCAUUAGGAUUUAUUUUUAGUUGAUUCCUUUAUCUCUUGCUUUGAGAUUAGCACUGCGGAAUGCGUCUUGCUUCGAGUUCAGAUUUUGUAGGCAAUUUUGGUUUUGAGGGCGAAUUAUACUUUUUUUGUUUUUGGAAGUGAUAGGCUGAUGCAAUUGGCUAGACUUUUAAUAAGAGGCUUUUCAUUGCAAUUUUGAAUAGGAAAAAAGGGGAAACAACAUAAUUAGCAAUGACACCUAUAAUAUGGGUACUUUCUUUAAUGAAAUUGCUUGGGUAGA